AUGUAUUUCCAUGAAAAUUCUGUCUCAGUUAACAUUGAUAUGCUUACUGAUCUGUUUAAUGUUACUGUUUCUUUGUAUGAUCAAUCAAGUAAAGGAAGUGGAUUGGCACCAUGGCCCGCUAGACUAACUUCUCCACCUCCUAGUCUUUCUGACUUUGGCUAUUCAAGUGAAAUGUUUGAAAAGGACACGGAGAUGUGGCGUAAAAGGGUUGAGAACUACUGGGAUCUAUUGAGCCCAAAAAUAUCAGCAAACACCAUAAGGAAUGUGAUGGAUAUGAAGGUAAACUUGGGUUCAUUUGGAGCUGCUUUGAAAACCAAAGAUCUUUGGGUCAUGAAUGUUGUCCCUGAAGAUGGACCAAAUACAUUGAAGCUUAUCUAUGACAGAGGCUUACUUGGUUCCAUUCAUAACUGGUGUGAAGCAUACUCAACAUACCCACGAACAUACGACCUACUCCAUGCAAACGAUGUAUUCUCCGACAUAAUCGAAAAGAAAGGCUGCAGUGGCGAAGAUCUUUUAAUCGAAAUGGACCGGAUCCUAAGGCCCACGGGUUUCCUAAUAAUCCGCGAUAAAAAACCCGUAAUGGACUUCGUGAAGAAGUAUUUAACCGCAAUACACUGGGAACAGGUGGCGACGGCUGAUUCGUCGUCUGAUGAAACCGAUACGGAUCAUGUUGUGCUCAUUGUUCAAAAGAAACUAUGGCUCACUAGCGAAAGCUUGAGGGAAACAGACUAA